CUCUUACUCAAUUUUGGUGCUAUCCAAAAUUGAUCAUUUGUAUACAAAAGCCAAAGGAAUCGACCAAUUUUCGUUACUUAGACAAAGAAGAACAAUAUAUGGAAUAUGUAUAUAUAGCAUUUUAGUAACAGUGGUGGCUAUAAAAAGAAAAAGUUUUGAAACUUAAAAACAGGGAUAGAUUUUAUUUUCUUCUUUUAGGAAUAAAGGGUGUAAUAGUAUGGCAUCAACAUUAUGGCCUGAAUUACGAAAUUGUUCAUUCUGUAGGUAUGGAAGGUAUGGUUUCUGGGUUUGCUUCAAUUUUUUACUACUACUACUUGCAUCAAGUGUUAUUUCUUCACAGCAAAUUGUUGAGAGUCUGCCUGGUUACAAGGGUAAACUUCCAUUCAAGCUUGAAACUGGAUAUGUGGGUGUAGGGGAGUUGGAGGAAUUGCAGCUUUUCUACUACUUCAUUGAGUCAGAGAGGGAUCCUGUAAGAGACCCUCUAUUGCUUUGGCUUACUGGUGGUCCUGGUUGUUCUGCUUUCUCUGGCCUAGUUUAUGAAAUUGGUCCACUAAAUUAUGAUUAUGAUGCUUUCAAUGGAAGUUUGCCAUCACUCGUAGCAAAUGAAUUCUCAUGGACAAAGAUUGCCAAUAUCAUAUUUUUGGAUGCCCCAGUUGGCACUGGCUUCUCCUACUCGAAGUCCCAGGAAGGUUACUACACCUCAGACACAGAGUCAUCACAGGCAAUUUAUCAGUUUCUUAGGAAGUGGUUAGUAGAUCAUCCCAAAUUUAAGAACAAUCCACUUUACGUUGCGGGUGAUUCUUAUUCCGGCAUGAUUGUUCCAACGGUUACUGUAGAAAUAGCAAAAGGAAACAAGGCCAAACACAGGCCAUAUAUGAAUCUCCAGGGUUACAUGCUUGGCAAUCCAGUAACAGAUUUACAUAAUGAUGAGAAUUCCAGAGUGGAAUAUUUCUACCGGGUGGGACUUAUAUCAUCAGAACUAUAUCAGCAAGCUAGAGAGGAUUGCCGGGGUGAAUAUAUAGCACCAAAUAUCAGCAAUGUUGAUUGUAUGGAUGUUAUACAGCAAAUUGCAGAGUGCACUUUAAAAGUAUGUGAUGCUCAAAUAUUGGAACCAAAGUGCAGUUUUGCAUCUCCAAAACCACAGGGGUUGAAAUGGGGACCCAAAUUUUUUCAUGACCCUCCCAUUGACAUUGUUUCAUCAUCAGAAGAGUCUCCUAACAAUUGGUGCAGAAAUGCAAAUUAUGUGCUCUCUUACAUCUGGGCAAAUGAUGAAGAUGUGCAGAAUGCUCUUCAUGUUCGAAAUGAUACCAUAAUGGAUUGGAAGAGGUGCAAUAAGUCUCUGGCUUAUUCUUAUAACAUGUUGAGUACUGUCUUUUAUCAUAAAGAACUCAUUAUGAAUGGCUAUCGUGCUUUGGUAUACAGUGGUGACCAUGACAUGCUAAUUCCUUACACUGGUACAGUACAUUGGAUUCACACCCUCAAUUUAACCACUGUUGAUGAGUGGAGACCUUGGUUUGUGGAGGGUCAAGUGGCAGGAUUCACAGUCAAGUAUGCUCACAAUAUUGGAGAUGGUUUAGUUUUUGCUACUGUCAAGGGAGCAGGUCACACGGCUCCAGAGUACAAGCCAAAGGAAUGUUUUGCAAUGGUUGAUCGGUGGUUGUCUUAUUACCUUAUGUGAUGAACACCUUGAACUCAAAAAAUCUGUUAAAAGGAUGUAUUGUGGGGAAGGUUAUUCAAGUAAAGAUUAAUCUCCUGCCAGUCUGUCAAACUAAUUAAUUGGUAUAAAUUUUUCAGUAAGGUUAUAUUUACGUCCAAGGUAUUAGUAGCACCUUACACUGAUCCAUUAUCAUGUCUCCUUGAAACCAAAUUCUGCGAGUCAAUUUUGAUUAUUUGUAUUUUUGUUAAUGAUUGUGAUAGUAUAAUGCCAAGCUCUUCUCUGCCA